UUAUGAUAAACUAUGCUUGCUGACGCCGUCGGACUGCCCAAGCUUUAAAACAGAGCUCAACCUCUUACUGGACGAACUUAUUUCCGAAAACUACAGCAGCAAUGUAACAAGAGACAGCAUACGGUCAGAGGCAGGCACCGACCAACCCGCCAACUAGAACAGACACCCUUCACACAGUCACGGUGCCUCCCGACUGCACCCAAAGGCAAAACAGUUCUUUAGAGCAGGGGUUCUCAAUGUUUUUGGUUCCAAGGACUCCCUUUUAGGGGAUAACAUUUUCCGAGGACCCCCUUGUAACCGUAACAGUUAACCAUUCGUAUUCUCUGAAGUUGUGGCCGGGUCCACUGUCCCAAGUUAAUGUGGGUAGGACCAAAUGACAGAUGACUGCUGUUGCUGGUUCUUCUGCCUUCUUUCUCUCCUCAGCAGAGAGAUCCCACGUCUCCAUCUUGCCGACCGAGAGGGGCAGCAGCAGCAGAGUUUCCCGCCAAAGUGGAAUUUUCACUUCUGACACCAAUGCAACGAUUGAUGAGACUCACACAGUCCAAUCAAAGGUUUUAUUCGCGGAAGCGGGGAAAAAGGGUCAUAUGGGACCACAUAGGCCACAGGCCACAGGGAGCCAGUGUAGGCCACAGGGAGCCAGUGAAGGGAAUGGAGGAGAGGGGUGACAUGGGUGCGUCUGACCUGGUGAGGAGUCUGGCAGCUGCAUUCUGGAUGGAUUGCAAACGGUGGAGUACAGAUAUCAAGCUAAGAUUUUGGAUGUUUGCAGACUGCUGUUGAAAGCAAGUCAGUUGGUCCCAUUCAGCCAAGAGCACCUUGUUCUCAAACUUUGCCAACUAGUCAGUCAACUAUUCAACCAACUACAGGUCAGUAUGGAUACACAGACCCUCCACUGUCUGGUGUCUUACUACGUCCAAGCCCUCCAAACCUGUAGCCUGUGGACUCAUGCAGACAUCCUCUUAGCCUUGUCAUCUCUUGUGUGUGGUAAUGGAUCCAGUUGCCAGCAGCACCUCCCAGAUCUCUUGGGACAGAAGGGGAUUCUGGUGAUCUGCAGUGCACCGAAUCAGACCGACAUGGAACUGCGUUGUGCUGCUGUUCAUUGCAUGGCCAACCUCUGCCUUGGCACACCUGGGCAGCCAUAUCUUGAGGAGUCUUACCGUGAAAUAUGUUUCCAGACAUUCCUGCAGACAUUACAGUCUCCCAAACCACCAGGGGCCGAAGACCUCGUCUUUUGUACAUUGUUGCAGAACUCACUGAAAGGCAUGCAGUGUCUCUUGAAUGGAGUGAAGUGGAAACCGGGGCGUGGGGAUGAUCUAGGAUUUCUUCUGGCAGUGCUAAAGAAAUUGAUGUUCUAUGGGCUACCAGGGAUGACUGUGGAGAUGCCAAAGAUUCUUUAUCCUGCCCCUCUACCUCAGUAUGAUGUUCCUCUUCCUAAAGUGCCAGAAGAGACCAUGCCAACAAAAUCAGGAGGGAACAAGAAGAAGAAGCCCCGUGGGAAUGUUCAGAAGACACAUACUGAGGGGAAAAAGGUCCAGAAAGAAGAGAGUGGAGAAGAUCAACCAGAGCUGGAGCUGAGACAAGUUGGAGGAAGAAACUCAAGACAAAUGAUGGGCAACUGGUCUCAGAAGCCCUCACACUGCCAGUUAUCCUGGAGAAGCUCAGAGUCAGAGUACUCGGACACUGAGGGAGGCAUCAAUGCAAAGCUAAGAUUGUACCAGAUGAGGGUACGUCAGGGCUCUCUGCACUGUUUCCUUUCUUUGGUUAAGUGUGUGGACAAGCGUGUCCUGUUUGGUUACUGGUCCGCAUUCAUCCCUGAUACCCCUGCUAUUGGCGGACCUCCAAGCCUUACUCUCCUUACAGUUGUUCUGAAAGACCCAUCACCAAAGGUACGUGCAGGAUCUCUACAGGUACUGUCGUCUCUACUUGAAGGGUCUCGACUCUUUUUGUCUGCAGCAGAAGACACUAGCACUCCUCGCCAGGCCUUCACAUCAUUCUCUGCAACACUUGCAUCCAGCCUGAGAGAGCUGCAUCGCAGUUUGUUACUAGCACUGAUGGCUGAGUCUUCGUCACAGACGCUUACCCAAGUCAUAAAGUGUAUGGCUCAUCUGGUGUGCAAUACACCAUAUCAUCGUCUGCGACCAGGGUUGCUGAGCCCAGUUUGGAAACAAAUUCAGCAAUAUGUUCAUCAUAGAGAUGUAAAUGUGCGUGUGUCCAGUCUGACCCUUUUGGGAGCGCUGGUCUCUGCUCAGGCACCUCUGCCGGAGAUCCAGGAGCUCCUACAGCAGCCAGCUAAAGUAUCUGGUGACGCAGGGUUUCCACACGAAGAGCACAUGUGUCAGAACUGGAGACAGCAGAGGUCACAGGAGGAUGGUCAUUGGCUGUAUGGAGAAGAAGGAAUAUGUUGGCUGCUACGGCUUUGUGUAUGUGUGGUUACCCAGCCUAAGGAAGACCCUCACUCUGACAGUGGCACAAUCCCUUUACACCUGUCUCCUAACCUGUCAGAGCCCUCACCUGUCAGGCUGGAGGCUCUACAGGUUUUGGCUCACCUGGUGAAGGGUUACUUCUGUCUGACACAGGACUGGCUCCUUGAGUUGUGUCAGGUCAGUGCCUGCUGUCUAAGGGAGCAGGAUUCAUCAGUGCAGCUACACGGAACAAAGCUGUUGGAGGAAUUGGGAACAUCCAUCAUCCAGCAAUACAGGGCAGAGGAAAGAAUUCAAGAGAGUACAAAAUAUGUGCCCCUCUGCAAGGUAAUACAGUUCUGGUCCGAAGUGUUGAGUGGACCACUAACUACAGCUUUACAAAAUGAGAACCAUCCUACUCUGCAGACCAGUGCCUGUGACACACUCUCUUCCAUAUUACCCCAAGCCUUCAGGAAGCUUCCGGAGAAGACCCAGAUGCUAUGUGUGACAAUGUUGUUGGGUCUAACAUACAGUGAGAAUUCCCUAGUGAAGGCUGCUUCAGUCAGAGCUCUAGGAGUCUAUGUCCUUUUUCCUGGUCUUUCAGAGGAUGUGAUGUUCAUGAUGGACAGUGCCAGUGUUAUCCUCACUGCGCUUGAGGAUCAUUCACCUAACGUCAGAGCAAAAGCUGCCUGGUCACUUGGAAACCUCACAGAUGCAAUCAUAGUUAAUAGGGAGAAUGUUGUUGUUGACUUCCAGAAAGAAUUAACCAGUGGGCUUCUCUUUAAAUUGGUAAAGUCUUCCAUUCAAGCAGCUAAGGAUAAAGAUCGGGUGAAGAGCAAUGCGGUGAGGGCUCUGGGAAACCUGCUACAUCUAUUGCAGCUUCAGCAACUGAAACAACCUGGAUUUGAGGAGCUACUGGAGCAGGCCAUGAGUGUACUAGUGGAUACAGUGCGAAGUGAUGCCACCAUGAAGGUCCGUUGGAAUGCUUGCUAUGCUCUUGGCAAUGCCUUCAAAAAUCCUGCUUUACCCUUAGGCACAGCAAGCUGGUCAGCUGAGGCCUACUCUGCCUUGUCUUGUGUUGUGGUGUCUUGCAAGAACUUUAAGGUUCGCAUUAAAUCAGCUGCUGCCCUUUCAAUCCCCUCCUCCCGGACCAAAUAUGGCAGUUCUGGCCAGUUUACUCAGAUAUGGAUAGCAGUUGCAAAGGCACUAGAAAACAGCAAGGAUGGAGUGGACUUUGUAGAAUAUCGUUACCAUACCAGUUUGUGUGCUCAGCUCUGCGAAACACUACUUCAUCUUCUCAAUCUCUGUCAGACACAGGACCUGGGGACGAUACAAGGCACGAUAACAGGCAGCUUCGGGUCUACCCUAAUGGGGUUUCUGGUCAAUUAUCUUGUUGAACAUGAAUCUGAGACAGAAAAGGAGGACAAAGAGGAGAAAGAAAAAAAUAGUAUUCAGGACAGGAUGAACAAAAUGAUAGGUGCGUUGGGUGCAUUGAGGAAACUCUCUAAAGAAGAAGAGGAGGGCUGUAGUGCUGGUGCAGCCAUCAUUAUUGAUUUUUUGGAGGGGGUAGUGAGAAGUUACGAGCAAACAACACUCCAAGUAUCACAGUCUUGUCCUCAUUCUUCCCAAGAUCAGACAAAUCAAACCACAGAGGUCAGUGAUACUAUCCAAGCUAAAAUUUAGUUUUUUGGGGGGGGGGGGUUGUUUCAAGGACCUUUGAAACUUGAACAUCACCGGAUAAAGAUGUUUUAGGGAAUAAUCUCAAAUGCAGCAAGUGAGAUAAUUUUCUUUCUUUUUGCACUGUAUUUUUCAUAGAAAUAUGGGAGAAAAUAGGGCUACAGCUAUUGAUAAUUUUAGUCAUCGAGUAUUCACAGAUUAUUUCAUGAAUUUAAUGUAUAGCAAUGUAUAAUAUACUGAUAAUAAUAGUUAUACAAAUAAUAAUAAUAUUUCUCAUUCUCAACAACUUCCAUGUUUGUUGGCUCUCCUGGUAAAAAGUUAAACAAGGUAUCAAAUAUUGCUGUAUUUUUUCUGAGGGGGGGAACGGACGGACUCAUGGCACAAUUAUUGGCACCCUUAUAAAAUCGUAAACCAAAUGUAACUGAAACUUCUCCAUUUAAAUGUUAUCCUUCGUUAAUCAGGCUGUCUUUGAAUUUUCAAGCAGCAAUCCUGCUUGGAUUAUUUUGAACAAAAUCCUCUUCACUGUACUGUUCAGUAAGCUGAACGUUUAGCUUUUAAAAAGGUUAAUUUUGUUGUACUGACAUUUUUUUGUUUAAACAAAGUGGUGAAUACACUUUGUAUACAUUUGAGGUCGGUCCAAAGCUUAGGGGAAAAAAGUAAGACAUUUUUGUCAACAUGACAGCAAGACAUUUUUGAACAUGUUGUUUCUUAUCCUCUCAUUGACCUGCCAGCAAAGUAGGAAACUGAACUUAGAGCUUACUGUCUUGAUGUUAUCUUGCAAUAAAUAUUUUGCUUUUCAACUGAAA